GUUCAUGCAGGUGAAGUUUGGUUGUGCCCGGACCCAAAAAUACAGCAAGAAGAGAAAGCAGCAGCCCAGCUUGUGUCCGGCUUAUUUUGUGUUGCAAUAUAAGGAGGACAUAGACCAGCUUGUGAUCAGUGAACUGAACAGCAACCAUGUCCAUGCGGACCUGGUAUUUUCCCUGACCAGAGCCACUGCUGCAACAGCAAACACCGCAGCACACGACAGCCCCGCAACAAAACUGCGUAAGCAGCAGCAGGCUGGUGGGACUGACAGCGGUGCUGUGGCAGAUGAGGACUUGCACGCGGUCGUGGGACAACUGGUGGACGGGGCGCCUGCUCUGUACAGGGCUCCCGCACUCCCUGAGGCAGCGAAGGAAAAUGCCUCGACCUCAGCGCUCAUCAGGGUUGCUGAGGUCAUGAAAACCUUCCUGAGGGUGGACAGGGGCUCGCUGGCCUCAAUUAGUGCAGACAGCAACCACGGCCUGGACAGACUAAGCUUCCAGACCAGCAAGAUGAAGAGCUCGUUCAUGCAGUUCCCUGAGAGCCUCCUGCUGCAUAGGGCGCUGGGCGAGGGGGGACAUGUUCUCUAUGCUUUCCUUGUAGAGAGUAAGGAGCGAGUGGCGAAAGUGGUGCACUUGUCACUGCUGAAGGACGAGACAGGACACGGCAUCAGGAAAAUGCUGACAGUCUUCAAGGAGUUCAACUCGGAGUGGCAAAAGGUCCAGGCUGUUUUUGUGGAUGUGGCCUUCUUUCACAAAGCCAUCCUCCACGAGCUGUUUCCUGCCCAGGUGCUCCUUUCUGUCUAUCACACUGUCCGGCUGCUCGAGAAGAACGUGAAGGAAGCAGAAAUCUCCUCUUCCUUCAAGCAGAACUUGAUGCUGGCCUUGCAGAAGGCUGUGUUUUCCCCUUCGGCUGCAAGUCUGGAUGUCCUGUCCCAGCUGGUGAAGCGCGUGGUCAGCCCGGAGCUGUACAACUACCUGCGAGCCAGCUGGUUCUCCUGCGAGCUGCUGUGGUGCCUGCACGCGGGGAAAGGUCUGCACUCCUGCAGCACGCACAUGGACAGCCUGGACCUCAUCACGCACCGAAUAUCCAGCCUCUUUGGCCAGCAGCCGUCCUUGGAGGCGAGUGUUCUUCGUUUUCUGGAGUGUGCGGACUGCCUUGAUUCCAGAGGCUUGGAAAACCUGAGCUCGGGUUUCUCAGGCACCGAGGAGGACG